AUGGACCUACAGAUCACUCAGUGGUUGCAUGAAGACCAAUCAGAAGACGAAGAGGCAUGUGAAGUCGCUGUUCCUGACCUUGAAAAUGAUGUUGACGAAGACGGAAUUAUUGAAGACUUUCGAGCAGAACAUCCAGAUGAUGAUACAGAAAAUUCUUCAUCGGUAGAUGACACUCCUCUGAGUAAUUACAGUUCAGCAAAGUCUAGAGUCCCACGAAGAAAUAUUUUGUUUCAUCCUCCUGGACCUAAAGCUGCAGCUCGUGAAAUAAAAACAGAGCUGGAAGCAUGGAGAAUUUUUUUUUCUGAUGAAAAGCUUGAAGAAAUUGUAAGAAAUACAAAUGCUGACAUUGGUAAACAGAGAGAAAAAUAUAAACGAGACAGACCUGUACAGAAUACGGAAGACGAAAACGCGGACGCAUCGAGUUCCACAAAAAUACGUCCUUCUUUUGCUAAGGAUGCAAGUGUGGUGGAAAUGAAGGCUUUAUUUGGACUUUACUACUUAGCAGGGGUACUCAACAUGAAUCACGUCACCACCAAGGAAUUGUUUGACAAGAACUCAGGUGUUGGCUAUUUUCGUGCCACCAUGAGCCAAGCCAGAUUUGAGUUUCUGACAAACUGUCUGCGUUUUGACGACCGGUCUACCAGAGAAGAACGCCAGCAAAAUGAUGAUUAG